UUGUAUUUUUUUGAGACUUUUGAACCUGUAUAAUCGAAUAGAGAUAAAAAUACAUUUCGAGUUUAUUUAAAUGAGAGGGUGCCUAAAUGAUGCCGAUCAGUAAACAUCAGUAUCUAGAGUUGGAAGAAUAUAGCAACAAUUUAAAUUAGUGAAAAAAUAUUUCAAAUUUUAACAACAAAUUUAGAAAAAAAGGACCAACAUGUUUAUUAACAUAAAAACAUUAGCAAUUUGCGUGAUGAUUUGUUUACCUCUUGUGGAUUGUCAACGACCUUCAUAUGCUGGAAGUAGGCCACCAAAUGGUCACAAAGAUAAAUAUCGUCCAACUAAAAAUCCGGAAACCUUCCAACUGAGUAAUAGAUUUAGUGAAAAUAAUUUAGAGAAUGGUGCGACUCAGCGACCCCCACAAGGUGUUAUUGUCGUAAAUGCUGAACCUGCGUUUGUCCCGAUUCAAAAUAACCCAUCAGUGCAGACGUCAUCAGUAUCGAAAGAUACCAGCAAUAAAACAAAUCCAGAUAGAUCCCCAACUGAUAUAUCAAACAGAAAUGGCAGCAAUGGCGGUUCAAAUCAAGGAUCAACAGAGACAUCUCGGUUACCUUUGGACGCACAUGGUGAUCAACAGCUUAUCGACCAUCUCAGUCGUCUGCCAAUUGAUAACCAGCCCUUCUGGUUUAUUAACUACCAAGCGAUUGAAGCGCAUAGAAAUGGCAGUGGAAAUCAAUUUGGACCUAUCGCCUCUCGGUCAUCAUUUCUAGGGAAAUAAGUAUUUAACGAAAAUAGAAAACCAACUGCUGUCCUUAAACUAAGAUAAUAUUUAUAUUGUAUCAAUAACAAACCUUGUAACACAGUUUUAAACUGAGUAAUAACUUAACUUAAUUUUUACUUUCAACUAUGUAUUCAAAAACAAAUAUUCAAAAUUUAUAUGACUUUAUAAACAAGCUUUAGCCGAGAAAAAAAAAGAUAGGUUAACCGUUUAAUUCUAUAUCUUUGAAUAAAUAAUUACCUCACUUUUAAUAAAUUUACGGAAAUCAA